AUGGGUAUUCCAAAAUUUUUCAGGUACAUCUCAGAAAGAUGGCCCAUGAUUCUACAACUUAUUGAAGGGACUCAGAUUCCCGAGUUUGAUAACCUAUAUCUGGAUAUGAAUUCGAUUUUACAUAACUGUACACAUGGUAACGACGAUGACGUGACGAAGCGAUUAACUGAAGAAGAGGUUUUUGCAAAGAUCUGCACGUAUAUUGAUCAUCUUUUUCAAACUAUCAAGCCCAAGCAAAUUUUUUACAUGGCUAUCGAUGGUGUGGCCCCCCGUGCGAAGAUGAAUCAACAGAGAGCUCGUAGAUUUAGAACUGCCAUGGACGCCGAAAAAGCUAUGAAAAAAGCUAUUGAAAAUGGUGACGAAAUUCCUAAAGGUGAGCCGUUCGACUCAAACUGUAUUACUCCAGGUACUGAAUUUAUGGCUAAACUGACAAAAAAUUUACAGUAUUUCAUUCAUGACAAAAUUUCUAACGAUUCAAAGUGGAGAGAAGUGCAAAUCAUAUUUUCUGGCCAUGAAGUUCCAGGUGAAGGUGAGCACAAAAUUAUGAAUUUCAUAAGGCAUUUAAAAUCCCAGAAGGAUUUCAACCAAAAUACGAGACACUGUAUUUAUGGUCUGGAUGCGGAUUUGAUUAUGCUUGGUUUAUCUACUCACGGGCCUCAUUUUGCUCUAUUAAGAGAAGAAGUCACGUUUGGCAGAAGGAAUGGCGAAAAAAAAUCUCUAGAACAUCAAAAUUUCUUUCUUUUGCACCUUUCUUUAUUAAGAGAAUAUAUGGAGUUAGAGUUCAAAGAAAUUGCUGAUGAAAUGCGAUUUGAGUAUGAUUUUGAACGUAUCUUGGAUGAUUUUAUUCUUGUUAUGUUCGUUAUUGGUAAUGAUUUUUUGCCCAAUUUGCCAGAUUUACACCUAAAUAAAGGUGCCUUCCCUGUUUUGUUACAGACUUUCAAAGAAGCUCUCUUACAUACCGAUGGCUAUAUUAAUGAACACGGAAAAAUAAAUUUGAGAAGACUAGGAGUCUGGUUGGACUACUUGUCUCAAUUCGAGUUGCUGAAUUUCGAAAAGGAUGAUAUAGAUGUUGAGUGGUUCAACAAACAACUAGAAAACAUUUCUUUAGAAGGUGAAAGGAAAAGACAAAGGGUUGGUAAGAAAUUAUUGAUCAAGCAACAAAAGAAACUAGUCGGGAAGGUAAAACCUUGGUUGAUGGAGCAGCUACAGGAAAAAUUAUCGCCUGAUCUACCUGAUGAAAAAAUCCCGACCUUAGAGUUGCCCAAGGAUUUGAAUGUUAAAGAUCAUUUGGAAUUUUUAAAAGAGUUUGCCUUUGACUUGGGUCUUUUUAUAACGCAUUCCAAAUCCAAGGACACUUACUCCUUAAAAAUGGAUCUUGAUUCAAUUAGUCCUGAUGAAACUGAAGAAGAAUUUCAAGAUCGUGUCAAUUCCAUUAGAAAAACGAUGAAGAAGUAUCAAAAUGCUAUCUUUGUGGAAGAUGAAAAAGAACUGGAUUCAGAAAAAACCAUUUACAAUGAUAGAUUUGAAAAAUGGAAACAUGAAUAUUAUCAUGACAAAUUAAAAUUCACCUCGAACGAGGAAGAGGAAGUGACAGAUUUAGCUAAGGACUAUGUUGAAGGUUUACAAUGGGUCCUAUAUUAUUACUAUAGAGGCUGUCCAUCUUGGUCAUGGUAUUAUCCACACCACUACUCACCAAGAAUUUCAGAUUUAGUUAAAGGUCUGGACCAAGACAUUGAAUUUGAUUUAAGUAAGCCUUUUACUCCAUUCCAGCAGUUGAUGGCCGUCCUACCAGAAAGAUCUAAAAAUUUGAUACCUCCAGCCUUUAGACCAUUAAUGUAUGACGAACAAUCACCAAUUCACGAUUUUUAUCCAGCGGAAGUUCAACUGGAUAAGAAUGGCAAAACAGCCGAUUGGGAAGCCGUUGUUUUGAUAUCGUUUGUUGACGAAGAAAGAUUGAUUGAGGCCAUGCAACAAUAUCUGUCUAAGUUGUCGCCUGAAGAAAAAAUCAGGAACCAAUUUGGUAAAGACUUGAUAUAMUCGUUCAAUCCUCAGGUUGAUAGCAUUUAUAAGAGUCCAUUGGGUGGUAUUUUCUCUGAUAUAGAACACAACCAUUGUGUAGAGAAAGAGUACAUCGCCAUUCCACUGGACAGUUCCGAGAUUCGUUACGGUUUGUUACCUGACGCCAAACUUGGUUCUGAAAUGCUUGCCGGUUUUCCAACGUUGCUCUCUUUACCAUUUGCUAAUGCAUUGGAGUACAAUGAAACAAUGGUUUUUCAACAACCUUCCAGACAACAGUCAAUGGUUUUAAAAAUAACAGACAUAUACCAAACAAACAACGUUACUUUGGAAGACUUCUCGAAGAGGCAUUUAAACAAAAUAGUCUACACAAGAUGGCCAUAUUUGAGGGAAUCCAAACUAGUCUCUUUAACAGAUGGUCAAACUAUCUACGAGUACCAAGAAAACAAUGAUAAGAAAAAAUUCAGGUUUGUGUCGAGACCUGCUGACAACCAAGACAAAAAAUUAUUCAAUAGUUUGAAAAAUUCAAUGCUAAGGAAUUACGCAAAACAGAAGGCUGUCAAACUUGACCAUGUGAAAGCCAUUGCUACUGUCUGCCCUGUAACAGGUUUGGCGAGAGAUCCUGAAGGUGGGUACGUCAAAACUUUUAGUUGCACUCCAGAUCACUAUCCAUUGCAAUUAGUCGUAGAAUCCAUCGCUAACGAAGACGAAAGAUAUAAAGAAAGAGGACCUAUUCCUAUUGAGGAGGAAUUUCCAUUGAAUUCGAAAGUUAUUUUCUUGGGGGAUUACGCCUAUGGUGGCGAAACUACUAUUGAUGGCUACAGUAGUGAUCGUAGAUUGAAGAUUACUGUAGAAAAAAAAUUUUUGGACAGUGAACCCACAAUUGGUAAAGAAAGAUUGCAAAUUGAUCACCAUGCAGUUCAGUAUUACCCAUCCUAUAUUGUUUCUAAGAAUAUGCACCUACAUCCUUUGUUUUUAUCUAAGAUUACUUCCAAGUUUAUGAUUACUGACGCUACUGGUAAGCACAUUAAUGUCGGUAUCCCGGUUAAGUUUGAAGCUAGACACCAAAAGGUUUUAGGUUAUGCAAGAAGAAACCCAAGAGGUUGGGAGUACUCAAACUUAACCAUAAACGUACUGAAAGAGUAUAGACAAACUUUCCCUGAAUUUUUCUUCAGAUUGUCUAAGGUAGGCAAUGAUAUUCCAGUUUUGGAUGAUCUUUUCCCCAAUACCUCCACCAAGGAAGCCAUGAAUUUAUUGGAUGGUGUCAAGCAAUGGUUGAAGUACGUUUCGUCCAAGUUCAUUGCCGUUUCUUUGGAGUCUGACUCCUUAACAAAAACUUCUAUUGCCGCUGUGGAAGAUCACAUUAUGAAGUAUGCUGCUAACAUCGAGGGACAUGAAAGAAAACARUUAGCAAAGGUUCCUCGUGAAGCAGUAUUGAAUCCAAGAUCAUCAUUUGCACUAUUACGUAGUCAAAAGUUCGACUUGGGCGAUCGUGUUGUUUACAUUCAAGACUCCGGUAAGGUUCCGAUUUUCUCAAAAGGUACUGUUGUUGGUUAUACCACUCUAAGUUCAUCGUUGUCCAUCCAGGUUUUAUUUGAUCAUGAAAUUGUGGCCGGUAAUAACUUUGGUGGAAGAUUGAACACAAAUAGAGGGUUAGGUCUUGAUGCUUCUUUCCUAUUAAAUAUUACUAACAGGCAAUUUAUUUAUCAUUCUAAGGCUUCCAAGAAGGCUUUGGAGAAGAAAAAACAACCAAACAAUAGAAACAAUGCCGCCAAAACUGCUCGCAAGCCUCCACAAAAGCAACAGUCUGAAGAAAAGUUGAGAAAAGAGAGAGCGCACGAUUUGUUAAAUUACAUCAAGAAGGAUACUAACGAAAAGCAUACUGAAGAUGAAAAAGAUAAGAAAUAUCCAUCUCAAAAAAAUUCAAAGCCUGCGAAAAAAACUUUGUUGAAAAGGCCAACUCAGCAAAACACCGACAACAAGAAACAAGUCGGUGUGAAUGUAGCCAGCUCUGAGAACCCAUCACUCAAUGGCCCAACUACUGCCGGUUCUAUUUUUAAUGCCGUAGCAAAUCAAUAUUCUGAUGGCAUGGGCAAUAAUUCAAAUAUUCCUGUUCCAACUCAUCCACUUCCGGUAGCUAAUGAUGCUGGGGAUGUUGGUUUGCCCUACAACAUUCCACCGGGUUUUGUUGCCCACCCCAGUGGCCCUCAUCCGCUACCUCUUCACCAAAUGCCUUAUCCUAAUAUUAAUGGCAUUCCUAUUCCACCACCACAUGGAUUCGGCCAACCAAUUCCUUUUCCACACCCACACGCGAUGGUAAAUAACCCAGAUCAAGGAGGCAUUGCUGUCAAUGAGAAGGAAAGCCAAGACCUGAAAAAAUUCAUCAACGGUAAACAGAACAGUAAUAGUUCAAGUGUGAGAGAAGAGACUACGAGUAGCAGGAAAAUUGAAUCUACUUCUAACAUGGGCACCACCGACUCUCAAUUUUCAAAGUCAGGAGAUGAUGCUGUUAAACGUGACAUCAAGAAUGUGCCUUCAAAGAAGGACGAAUCAAACUAA